GGGUUAUCAAAAAGGUUAAAAAUGCGCUGAAACGAAACAGUUUGGUUCGAAGUACACCUUUUUUGAAUAUCUUCAAAUCUACUGCUGUCAUGGAUCCAUUACACAAACAUCGAUCUCUUUACAAAGGGACUACCCCACCAUGGAAGGACACAUACAGACAGCGUUGUGUGGACAGGUUGAAAAACAGUCGGUCCCGGUUACUGGAGAAGUACCGCCAGAUGGGCGAGAGUCAACAACACAGUGCAAUGGGCUCUGGCCUUGUCCAGGAGGUGAUGGAGGAAGAGUGGAAUGCGCUCCAGUCAGCCAACCGUGGACUGCCCUCCCUGUGGAGUAAAGAUGGCAUAGGAGAGAUGUACACAGUCAUGAAGGAGUUUGAUGAACUGGCAGUUUUUGAAGAAAUCCAACAAGAACUCAUGUUUGAAGAGCAUGCUAUCAUUAAGGAAUAUGAGAAAAGCAUGCAGUUCGAAGAGCUGUACUUGAAUUCAGUUGUGGACCAGUUGGAAGAGGAACAGGGAAUCAUAUGUCCUCUUUGUCGUGUAAACAAUGUGACGGUAAACCGCCAUUUCACCUCCUGUCCGUGUGGGCUGUACCUCAACACUGUGCAAAGGGAAGUAACACCAGAGGUGCUGCAGGGCCUGUUGGAGAGUAGGGUCUCGGAACACAUGGAGGACUGCCCUGACAACCCGGUCUUCUCCAUGGCCUCCGACACUGACGGUUCCCCCAACCUCAUGAUCAGCUGCAAGGCUUGUGAUUAUCUGUCUAUAGUUCUGUGAAGUGGUAGUUCUGCAACCACCAUCAUGGUUUGUGAUUUUAAUCGUCCUGUGUCCGUGGGAGUAAUUUUGUUCACACCUCAGGCGUUUUAUUUCUGUGAAAUAAAGACUUUAUACAG